AUGGCAUCGAAAGGGAUAGAUGAGGAUGAGGACAUGGAAUUAGAUUGGACGCCGGUCAAUAGAGGCAGAGGGCGAAACAAGCCAGGUACACCAUGUGGAGGUGAAAUAAGGAUGACAGCUACCCAAACUAGUAAAAGAGGUUUAGAUGGAAACAGCUCGGAUGAAGGUGGCAGGAUAGUGAAACGAAAGGUGGAGAGGGAGGAAUUUAAGAUUGUACUGAGGUUCAGGAAGGAGGAUGAACAGGUUAAUCUUAGUCCGAUAAUAUUGUCAAGGGAACUAAAAAAGAAAGUAGGUGAUGUAGAAAUGACUAAAAUACUCCGAGAUGGAAACUUGUUGAUAAUCUGCAGAAAUGAAGAGCAGAAAAACAAGGUAAUGCAUGUAGAAAACAUAUGCAAAAAAGUGAUUUAUGAAAGGAAAAGUUUCAGGGAUCAAUGCUCCCAGAGACGAUCAAGAUAG